AUGUCGAACAACGCUUCCGUGUUCCAGGUACCCUCUGCUGCUAGCGUGCGGAACUCCACCGCAUGUUCUGCCACACUGAGGGUGUCCAGCCGAAGCUGGAUUAUCCAGAACACAGAACUGACCGAGUGGAACACAGAACUGACCGAGUGGAACACAGAACUGACCGAGUGGAACACAGAACUGACCGAGUGGAACACAGAACUGACCGAGUGGAACACAGAGCUGACCGAGUGGAACACAGAACUGACCGAGUGGAACACAGAACUGACCGAGUGGAACACAGAGCUGACCGAGUUGAACACAGAACUGACCGAGUGGAACACAGAACUGACCGAGUGGAACACAGAACUGACCGAGUGGAACACAGAACUGACCGAGUUGAACACAGAACUGACCGAGUGGAACACAGAACUGACCGAGUGGAACACAGAACUGACCGAGUGGAACACAGAACUGACCGAGUGGAACACAGAACUGACCGAGUGGAACACAGAGCUGACCGAGUGGAGCACAGAACUGACCGAGUGGAACACAGAACUGACCGAGUGGAGCACAGAACUGACCGAGUGGAACACAGAACUGACCGAGUGGAACACAGAACUGACCGAGUGGAACACAGAACUGACCGAGUUGAACACAGAACUGACCGAGUGGAACACAGAACUGACCGAGUGGAACACAGAACUGACCGAGUGGAGCACAGAACUGACCGAGUGGAACACAGAACUGACCGAGUGGAACACAGAACUGACCGAGUGGAACACAGAACUGACCGAGUGGAACACAGAACUGACCGAGUGGAACACAGAACUGACCGAGUGGAACACAGAACUGACCGAGUGGAACACAGAACUGACCGAGUGGAACACAGAACUGACCGAGUGGAACACAGAGCUGACCGAGUGGAACACAGAACUGACCGAGUGGAACACAGAACUGACCGAGUGGAACACAGAACUGACCGAGUGGAACACAGAGCUGACCGAGUGGAACACAGAACUGACCGAGUGGAACACAGAACUGACCGAGUGGAACACAGAGCUGACCGAGUUGAACACAGAACUGACCGAGUGGAACACAGAACUGACCGAGUGGAACACAGAACUGACCGAGUGGAACACAGAACUGACCGAGUUGAACACAGAACUGACCGAGUGGAACACAGAGCUGACCGAGUGGAACACAGAGCUGACCGAGUUGAACACAGAACUGACCGAGUGGAACACAGAGCUGACCGAGUGGAACACAGAACUGACCGAGUGGAACACAGAACUGACCAGCUUUGAAGUACACCCCUCUGAUCUAGAAGGGAUCUCUAAUAGCUCUAAUAGCUCUAAUAUCUCUAUUAUCUCUAACAGCUCUAAAAGCUCUGACAGCUCUAACAGCUCUGACAACUGUAAUCGCUCUAUUAUCUCUAACAGCUCUAACAGCUCUAACAGCUCUGACAUCUCUGACAGCUCUAUUAUCUCUAAUAUCUCUAACAGCUCUAAUAUCUCUAACAGCUCUGACAGCUCUAAUAGCUCUAAUAUCUCUAACAGCUCUAAUAGCUCUAACAGCUCUAACAGCUCUGACAACUCUAAUGUCUCUAACAGCUCUAUUAGCUCUAACAGCUCUGACAGCUCUGACAGACCUGACAGCUCUAACAGCUCUAACAGCUCUAGUAGCUCUAACAGGUCUGACAGCUCUGACAGCUCUAAUAUCUCUAAUAGCUCUAACAGCUCUGACAGCUCUAAUAGCUCUAAUAGCUCUAACAGCCCUAACAGCUCUAACAGUUCUGACAGCUCUAAUAGCUCUAAUAGCUCUAACAGCUCUGACAACUCUAACAGCUCUAUUAGCUCUAACAGCUCUAAUAUCUCUAAUAGCUCUAAUAGCUCUAACAGCUCUGACAGCUCUAAUAGCUCUAAUAUCUCUAACAGCUCUAACAGCUCUAUUAGCUCUAACAGCUCUAAUAGCUCUAAUAUCUCUAAUAGCUCUAACAGCUCUGACAGCUCUAAUAGCUCUAACAACUCUAAUAGCUCUAUUAGCUCUAACAGCUCUAUUAGCUCUAACAGCUCUAAUAUCUCUAAUAGCUCUAACAGCUCUGACAGCUCUAAUAGUUCUAAUAGCGCUAACAGCUCUAACAGCUCUAACAGUUCUGACAGCUCUAAUAGCUCUAAUAGCUCUAAUAGCUCUAACAGCUCUAACAGCUCUAACAGUUCUGACAGCUCUAAUAGCUCUAAUAUCUCUAACAGCUCUAACAGCUCUAAUAUCUCUAAUAGCUCUAUUAGCUCUAACAGCUCUAUUAGCUCUAACAGUUCUGACAGCUCUAAUAGCUCUAAUAUCUCUAACAGCUCUAAUAUCUCUAACAGCUCUAAUAGCUCUAAUAGCUCUAACAGCUCUGACAGCUCUAAUAUCUCUAAUAUCUCUAACAGCUCUGACAGCUCUAAUAGCUAUAAUAUCUCUAACAGCUCUGACAGCUGUAAUAGCUCUAAUAUCUCUAAUAGCUCUAACAGCUCUAACAGCUCUAACAGUUCUGACAGCUCUAAUAGCUCUAACAGCUCUAACAGCUCUAACAGUUCUGACAGCUCUAAUAGCUCUAAUAUCCCUAACAGCUCUAAUAGCUCUAAUAUCUCUAACAGCUCUAAUAGCUCUAAUAUCACUAACCGCUCUGACACCUCUAAUAGCUCUAAUAUCUCUAACAGCUCUAAUAGCUCUAAUAUCUCUAACAGCUCUGACAGCUCUAAUAGCUCUAACGUCUCUAAAAGCUCUAUUAGCUCUAACAGCUCUGACAGCUCUAAUAGCUCUAAUAUCUCUAACAGUUCUGACAGCUCUAACAGCUCUAAUAUCUCUAACAGCUCUAAUAGCUCUAACAGUUCUGACAGCUCUAAUAGCUCUAAUAUCCCCAACAGCUCUAAUAGCUCUAAUAUCUCUAACAGCUCUAAUAGCUCUAAUAUCUCUAACAGCUCUGACAGCUCUAAUAGCUCUAACGGCUCUAAAAGCUCUAUUAGCUCUAACAGCUCUGACAGCUCUAACAGCUCUAACAGUUCUGACAGCUCUAAUAGCUCUAAUAUCUCUAACAGCUCUAAUAGCUCUAACAGCUCUAAUAGCUCUAACAGUUCUGACAGCUCUAAUAGCUCUAAUAGCUCUAACGGCUCUAAAAGCUCUAUUAGCUCUAACAGCUCUGACAGCUCUAAUAGCUCUAAUAGCUCUAACAGUUCUGACAGCUCUAACAGCUCUAUUAGCUCUAACAGCUCUAAUAUCUCUAACAGCUCUAAUAUCUUUAACAGCUCUAACAGCUCUAACAGUUCUGACAGCUCUAAUAGCUCUAAUAUCUCUAACACCUCUAAUAUCUCCAACAGCUCUAAUAGCUCUAAUAGCUCUAACAGCUCUAACAGCUCUAAUAUCUCUAAUAUCUCUAACAGCUCUGACAGCUCUAAUAGCUAUAAUAUCUCUAACAGCUCUGACAGCUGUAAUAGCUCUAAUAUCUCUAAUAGCUCUAACAGCUCUAACAGCUCUAACAGUUCUGACAGCUCUAAUAGCUCUAAUAUCCCUAACAGCUCUAAUAGCUCUAAUAUCUCUAACAGCUCUAAUAGCUCUAAUAUCUCUAACAGCUCUGACAGCUCUAAUAGCUCUAAUAUCUCUAACAGCUCUGACAGCUCUAAUAGCUCUAACGGCUCUAAAAGCUCUAUUAGCUCUAACAGCUCUGACAGCUCUAAUAGCUCUAAUAUCUCUAACAGCUCUAAUAGCUCUAAUAGCUCUAACAGCUCUGACAGCUCUAAUAGCUCUAAUAUCUCUAACAGCUCUAAUAGCUCUAACAGUUCUGACAGCUCUAAUAGCUCUAAUAUCCCUAACAGCUCUAAUAGCUCUAAUAUCUCUAACAGCUCUAAUAGCUCUAAUAUCUCUAACAGCUCUGACAGCUCUAAUAGCUCUAAUAUCUCUAACAGCUCUAAUAGCUCUAAUAUCUCUAACAGCUCUGACAGCUCUAAUAGCUCUAACGGCUCUAAAAGCUCUAUUAGCUCUAACAGCUCUGACAGCUCUAAUAGCUCUAAUAGCUCUAACAGUUCUGACAGCUCUAAUAGCUCUAAUAUCUCUAACAGCUCUAAUAGCUCUAACAGUUCUGACAGCUCUAAUAGCUCAAUAUCUCUAAGAAUGAUGGAGGCCACUUCAGUGACAGAACCUCUCCUCCUGGCCGUCUGUGAGUCAGUGACAGAACCUCUCCUCCUGGCCAUCUGUGAGUCAGUGACAGAACCUCUCCUCCUGGCCGUCUGUGAGUCAGUAACAGAACCUCUCCUCCUGGCCAUCUGUGAGUCAGUAACAGAACCUCUCCUCCUCCUGGCCGUCCUGUGA